AGCUGCUCAGUCUCAGGGUAGGGUUGCCUUGCAAACCCUGACAUGCCCUUGGCGGCCCGAGCUGUGCCGCCAAACUGCAGGAGAUGGUCCAAGCGCCCGUUUGUGGCUUUGCAGGUGGUUUGCCUGGCUUGCUUCGCUUUGAAGAUGUGGCACUUGGGCGACUCAAGCAGCCGCAGAUCACUCAUUAGUCGCUGGCCGAACUGGCCCUAUGUUGUAGCAGCCACUUUUUUUGGCGCGCAGUGCUUGUUCGCAUCUGUAAUAUCCUUCUCGAUUCUGCCAAUUCUGCAUCACAGAGAUCAGGGCGGUGAUGAACUGCUUCGGCGGAUGCGCGAGGUGUCAUUCAUCAUGACCUUUGUCAGUUUCACCUGCUGCGGCUACUAUUUGAACCUCUCCUUGGAAGACAGUGGGCACAAGCUGGUGAGCCAAACGAACUGGCUGACAGGUGCGGAGGAGUUGAGGCUCCUGGGCAGGUACUGGCUUUGGGCGGUGCUUGCACCCAUGCAGUGGGUGAGCUUUGCGCGGCUGUACACUACAGCCUCAGCUGGGGAGAUUCUGUCUUUGGUUAUUACCACGGCCCUCGUGAUGCUGCUGGGCCUGGCAUCUGCGACUUCGCGCGUCGAAACUGACGAUCAGGUGGCUUGGAGAUAUGAGGGCAAGUGCUACUUUGGCGCGGCCUCCGUUUUGUUUGUCCUCAUGUUCUGGCAGGUGUUUGUCCUACCGCUUGAUCCAAGCAGCGCGACCAUGGCAAGAAAGUAUCUGAGGUUUGCAGCACUCCUGUGGGUUGCCUAUCCGGUUGCUCAUGUGCUGCGUAGUGUCGGCAUUUUCUCAUUGUGGCAAGAGCAGAUUUUCACCUACACGUUGCUGGACGUGGCCGCCAAAGGAGUGGCACUGAUGAUAUGCUUCUGUGGCCCAAUAUUUCGGAUAUUUUUGAGCAGCCUGGGGAAUCACCAGAUCCAAUCUGCGAUGGUCGACUGGAAGAUCUCUGUGACUGAUCCCGGCUGGGAAGUGAAGAAGCCUUCAACCGAUGCAUUAGCUGCCAUGCAGAGUCAUUGGUUGGGAGGUGACGCGGUUGGAAAGAACUUCCUCGACUGGGUUCUGGACAGUGAAGAGAGCAGACAAGCCGUGAGGGCGGCCGCCCUGGCGCUGGACAUCGAGUCCAGCUUUUCCACCCACAAGGUGGCAGUGGUGCUGAGGCUCCGAGGGGAGCAGGUGCAAGCUCUGCUCUUCGUGUCUCGCGCUUUUUGGGGGUCUCGCCAACUGGCCAUUGCCCUCCUCCAAGGAGUUGAGACUGCACAGCCGUCCGUGCCGGUUCAGGUGCCUCGGCAGUUGGUGGAGAGGUCACGCGCACCUACCAUUACUGUAGAGGAGGCAUCAGAGCGCGGCACUGUCCGGACUGGAGUGUCAUCCAUCGGCUCUGCCAUCCCAUUGUUCCGCACGGACCGGCGUCCGUAGCAUGGCAUUGCGAAGCUGGUGUCGGCUUCAAUACUCAAUAGCUGUCUCACAAACAUGGCAACAAGCCACGGAAGAGAGAUCGCGAUACAGCUGACCGCCAUGCAGCGCAGCAUGAUGAACUUCUAACAGCUUCUUCUUGCAUAUGCGAGGAAAGCCCAGCAACAAACCCCAUUUGGGAAAUGUCUCGGAGUCUUGACGUGCCUAGAAGGGCCAUCCUCUCAAAGUGCGGAUGGGCCCCCUGUAGCAGGUAGGGUUUUAUGGCAGUGAGGUGCCAGUGCACGAUGCCCAAUGAUGGAAUUGAGCCCCGAAACCGAUGUAGUUCAGUGAUCCUGACGGCCUCAGGUGUUUCUGACUCUGGGCAGCCUCUCCUUUGUGAGCAUUGCUUUGAUUGGACUCGAUUUCCCAGCCACCCGCUUACAUGGAACCUGGCAAGAUUGGUCUUGCAAAGGAAUGCGGUCUUCCCUAGGUUUCUGUCAAGUUCCAUGUCAGCCGGAGAAAGCAAUUAAAGCUUUGCUACCUCGGGCUCGGGGUGGUAGACUUUGUGCUGCUUUUCAAACGGCUGCAGCCAAUGGCGAAUGAACUGAGGCAA